AUGGAGAUGGAUUCAACUUUGGGCUUCCUUGAAAUUGGUGUCUUGGUUUCUGGCAUCUUGUUUGGGAUAUUUACAAUGCAGGUGUACAUCUAUCACAAAAAUUUUUCAAAGGAUCCGGGCUGGACUAAAUAUGGCUUGGCAUGUGUUUUUGAUGCAUUGAUUGCAACACUUGUUGUGAUUCGGGUUGCAACAGACAUUGUUAUCUCUACAGCUCUUGUAUACUAUCUGCACAAAAGUCGGAGCAAUGCCCUUCAUAGUUCAAUGGUCAUUGUUGACAAAUUGAUGCAAUGGGCUAUUGAAACAGGAAUUGUGACUAGCAUGGUCAACAUUCUUCUAAUGAUAUGUCUCUUGAUAAAUGUGAACAACUACCUAUGGGUUGCAUUUUAUGUCAUUCUCCCCAAAGUCUUUUCCAAUGCAAUGUUGGCAAACUUAAAUUCAAGGAUGAAGUUCCGCAACAUGCAGACAAUUGUGGUUGGUGAGAUGGUAACAGUUCCCUCCUCCGGCACAAGCACACAAGGAACCUCAGAAUUACAAACAAAUUUAUCCAAGAUUGCUACUAUCCAUGGUGAAUCAAUGACUGAGGAAGGCCAUCAGUUUGCCGUAUAA